AUGAACUGCAAGGAGGAGGCCAUAGAAGAAGAUCCUGCAGAUUUACCCGGUUCAGGGGCUAUUGUACCUGUAUCAUCGGCUUCCUUCAUUCGGAUACUAGACGCAUGGAAGAAGCGGAAGGGAAGUGUACUAGUUGUGAACAACACAGUUCUUUCCACUGUCAGGAUAAUUGGCCGUAUACGGAGCAAGAUUGCGGAUGACAGAAAAGGAUCAUUCAAGAUUGAAGAUUGCACUGGUGAGAUUAAGGCAGUGAUAUGGUUCACCUGCAGCAGACAAGAACUAGACUGCAUUCAAGAUGAUUCAUACGCCAAGGUGGUAGGAAGGAUCAAAUUAGAUGGAUCAAUUCCAGAAAUUCUCUGUUAUAGCUGCAAGAUUGUUACAGACUUCAACGAUAUCACCCACCACCACCUGAGUGUAAUAGCGACACACGUAGACCUGGUGCACAGACCGAUAACAGGUUUUCCCGACACGUGGUGGGCCAACCUGGAGAUUGCAGCAGCAAAUCCGAGGGAAGACAUGGGGCCCACCAUCUGA